UGCAGGGGCAAUUUAUUGCUAGCAAUAGUUGUCAGAAACAAUUUUCAGCAACUAUUUCGACCCAUUAGCUAAUCGAAAUUGAUACGAUUAAUUUAUCGUAAAUAAAGUAAAGAUAUCAGAAAAGAAUCUUAUUGAAGUGAUUGAUUUUGGUCAAUGUAAUAAAAGAUUUCACAUGACGGCAAAUGAUAUGGCAAAAAUUAACGAAAGUACGAAAUUGUUUGAGGAAAUAAUGGCAAGCGAAUUUUCCUAUUUAUUCAUGGAUUCAUUGGAAGAAUAUCCCGAUAUCGAUCUAAAGUGUAUGGAUCAAAACCGAUAUAACUGAAGAACAUAAGCAACUGACAAGAAGAAAAUUUUAUACCAAUUCCGGAAUUCCAAAUGUGGUUGGAUGCGUUGAUGGAACGCAUGUUGCGAUUAUUGCUCUAAGUGCAAACAAGCACUUAUAUCUAAAUCGAAAGGGAUUUUUCAGCAUAAACGCAAUGAUUGCGUGCGAUCGUGAUAUGGUAAUAAGGUGCGUUGAUGCAAGAUAUGGUGGAUCUUCCCACGACUCAUUUGUGUGGAAUAAUAGCACAUUAAAAACAUAUUUGGAACGGACAUACCAAAGAGGAGAUCACAAUUCAGUUUAUUUAGGUUGCUUUGGAAAAAGUCAUAUCAUUAUCUAUGCGAAAAUCUGGAAAUUAUGCGCUAGCGCUUCGUUUGUUAAAUAGUACAUCGCAAGAAGUGAUGAAAAAAAAAACUUGCCUUUGGACUUCAAUACUUUUAAAAUCUUAUAUGUCAUGUAAAGAUAGUCGGGAUGCCAACCAACUUAUUGCGAUUAUUGGUGUACUUGCUAAGUCGGUCUACACUUCAGAGGAUACACGUAAAGUGUUUGGUUCCAAUUCUGUCAAGAACAUUCUUGAAAUUAUUAGUAAAGAAUAUUACACUCCUAUAGAUCAUCUUGCUGUUCUUCGUCUUAUGGUUAUCAUUUUAAAAUUAUAUCCAGAAUACAGUAUACAAUGUAGCGGUAUAGUUAAAAAUUUUGUAUCUCAAUUUAUGGAUUCAGCCAAUCAUAAUAUAGUAGAAAGUACUGCUAAAUGUUAUCAUCAUCUGCUUUCUAUAUCGAGAUAUCGUUCCAAUAGAAUAGUAGUGAAGGAUCUUUGGCAAACGUAUCAAGGAAGAUUAUUAGAUACGUUACAAACACUAUCUGACUUAUUUUUAGGAGUAUCGAAUUCUUCAGUUGUUGAAGCUCUGAACUGUGAACCUUUGAACAUCCCCAUGUUACAAUUUUCUAAUGAUCCAAUAAAGAGAAUUGCACAAGUUUUCAUUCGCUUCAAAAAUGUGGCGACAUAUUUUAUUGUAACAUUACGGGAACCUUUUUCAAGUGAAAAACCGGUCAACACCAAAAAAAUUUUUGGAAUCAUAAAAAGUGUUUUGAAUGUUGCUCAUUUAUUUACCCAACGAAGAAAAACUAUUAAUGAUAUAAUGCGUAAUCUGCUCUUACCUGAAUUUUAUUACAUUUUGUUGCACAUUUUGGAGUCUUUAAUCAUAACACUAAGAAGCCAUUUAAGGAAGAACUAUAAACAAAUAUGGAUGAUAUUGGGUGAUAUGCUUAAUCUAAGUACAAAUAAAAUAGUAAUUGAACAAAAGAAAACAUAUAUGCGUUUACGUGGGAAAAUCUACGAUGUCAUUAGUUUAUGGUGCAAAAUUGUGAAUCAAGGGAGUCGAAGUGAUUUAAUGAUUAAUUUUAUGCUGAAGGACAUGCAAGAUAUAUACUCUACUUUAUCAAAGAUAAUAAAAACAAAAAUCUAUUCGUCAGGAACUGAGCUGGAGACAAUUGUUCAUGAACUUAUUUGUUCCACACAAAGAUGCAUAUCCCAAGUUUUAAAUGCAUGUCCAAAUAAUUUUAAAUAUGAAAUUAUUACGGCGAUUCAGGCGAAUUUUUUAACAGCUUUCAGUGGGAUAUGUGAUGUGCCUCUGUGGAAUAAAUAUGAUUAUGAAUAUCGGGCUGAUUUAAUUUCUACUCUAUUCUCUAUGUUUACAGCAAAUAUUUAUUUAGAUUUACCUUCUGCUGAAAUAUUAAUCAACACUUUAUGUCAUAGUCCUCUAAUAGACGAAAGGAUUAAAGAGAAUAAUAAAUAUAAAUUAAUUAUGUUAUAUUUGGAAAGCUGCGUCCAUCCUCAAAAGAAUAAUUUAAAAUCUUCCAUUGAGAUUGAUCAUAUUCAUAUUCUUGCUGGGUUUCCAAUGGUAGAAGAGGCUUCAAUAAAAUCUAAAUAUCCUAUCCAAAAUUCUAAUUCAAGUGAGAGCUUUGCAGGAGUUAUAUCUCAACCAGAAAUCCAAUGUUCAGAAGCACCGAAUUUAAGCAACAAUGUUGUAAUACGUUCAAAUAGAUGCGUAGCUGAAGAUAAAUCGGAAGCUGAGACAAAAGAGUUUAUAUCGGAACAUGUGUCCACCGAUGACCAAUUGGUUGCAAACAUUUUUACAACUUUCGUGGAUGAUUUGUAUUAAAUAAAAUUAAUUUAUAAUGAAUGAAUUUUUAAAUUGUAAUUUGUUUUCUUAUUUUUAAUCGUAUAUUUCGAGUAAUUGAAAUAUAUAUUAUAUGCGGA